AUGGACCGAAAUAGUUAAAUAGCCCAGCUCAGAUAACAUUCCGCCGACGGUAAUCGUUAGCAUAAAACGCAUAAGGAGUCUCAGCUGAAAUGAAGAUGCAAUUCAUGGUGCUUCUUGUCAUUUUCUUAGAAACAGCAGAGAUAAAACUCGUAAAAACAACAUGUCCAGCUUCGGUUCCAACAAUUCGAUAUGUAUCGUCCUGUCCCAGUAAUGAAGAGGCAUGGAAAAUAGCCGAAUCAAAAAAGAAUUGCAAAAGUUUAGCUGAUAUUCAGAAAUGUGUUGCAGAUCCCUCUAAAUUUAAGUAUCACUGUCUUGUGAACAGCUAUUUGAAUGCAACUUUAGAAGUGUGUGCACCAAUCCGGUUUGCCUCAGGUUACUGUGCCGAUUUCAAUACCCUGCAAAUAAAAGUGACGGAAAAUUAUAAUAUUGACUGUACACAGCUAAAUCCCGCAUGUCCUCAAAGAUAUGUAUCUACAGAUAUAUAUAAAUACCCAUCCUGCUACAAACUGAAUGAAAAUCAUGACACAACUGCAAAUUCCACUCAAUCAGCUGAAUACAGCACAGUGACAGACUUUUCAACAACAACGUUUGUACACAACACUAAGGAAACGAGGUCCUUUUACAUUGCUGUAGUUGUAUUGGGUGUUCUGUUAUUUAUUGCUUUUUUCAUCGGUGUUUCUCUUGCUGUCUACAAAUUUCGCAAAAAAUUCAUAUUCCACCGAAUGUCAAAGAACCCUUUAGAUGAUACAGAUGCCAUGGUAAAAUUUUUUAAUGAUGAUGCAGAAGAAGCAAAACCAGAAACAUACCUCACAGAUAUCCUAGAGGAUAAUAUUGAAGAAAAGGGGUUUGAGCAGGGGGAAGAUGAUGUUGGGAACAAAUAUUACACACUUGUUCCGAAAGACAAAAGUGACAUAACAGAUGAAGAGGAAGGCAAAAAUGUGCCUAUUGCAGAAAACGCUACUGAGUUGCUGGUAUCUUCCAACGAAGAAUCUACAAAAAAAUUUCUUGAGAAUGCCGUAUCUGCAGAUAAAUUCUACGAAGAGACAAAAGUAUACAAAAAAGUCGAAAAUGUAUUCACAACAAAUAAUGUAGUCAUACUGACAGGACCUCCAGGAUUCGGAAAGACGCAGACAGCCAUCCACCUGAUGAUGCCUCUCAGGAAGGACUGGGUAAUUCGUAAAGUGGAAAAUUAUUUUGAACUAAACUACAUCGAACGUGCAAAAAACACAGUUAUUUUCAUAGAUAACAUAUUCUAUGGUAAAUCAAAUGAAUUCACAAAAUGGAUGAAACCUCUUGCUAAGCUUAACACGAUUAUAAGAGGCAUGGAAAGAAAAAAUACAAAAUCAGAAGAAAACAAAGGAGGUGAGAAAAUGGAAGAAAUAAAAAGAGAAUGUGAAAUAAAAGAUGAAAUAAAAGAAGAUGGUACAAAAGACCAAAAUAAAUGUAGGAGAAUAAAAGUCAUCAUUACGGCUAGAUCUGAUAAAGUUGAAGAGGCCUGUGAAUUAAUGAAGAAAAGGGCAAUAUUCAGGGAGGACUGUAUCGUAAAUUUGUCACAAUAUGAAUUGGAAAAUGAGGAGAAAAAAAGAAUUCUGACAAAACAAUUCACAUUUGCAAACGAAAAAAAGAAGAUUGAAAUUCCAGAUUUCAAAGAUCUUUUCUGGGACUGGGAAAAAGUCUUAAAAUCUAAAGCACACAUCGGUUUUCCUUUGUGUGCUCAUUUAUUUGCAUUUGAAGAGGCAUUUCGAAAAAAAGGAGAAGAUUUCUUUUCGACGCCGACGCAAAUAGUUUUAAGGCAAAUUGAAGAUGUUGUUCAGAAUGACAAAACUAACAGAGUAAAAACUUUACUCCUUUUUUUACUUCUUAUUGAAAUACAUAAUAGAAAUAAAGAUCAGAAGCUUAAGUCUUCGCAGGACAUCAUCAAGAACGAAAAAGAUUGUGCCGAUUUUCUAAAAAAGACUUGUAGACUUGGUGAACAUUUUCACCCCCUUAACUUUAAAAAAUUACCUAACAUUGCUGCGGAUUUAACCUGGUCUUUAUUGCGCAAAACAGGAGAAAAUUCCUUUCAAUUCAUUCAUCAGAGCGUUUUCGAUGCAGUAGAAACUUACAUUUUCCGGUCGUUUCCAAAUAAAUCAAUUGCUCUUCUUCCAUUGGAUGUUAUAGAGGAACAAACAAAUGACAAAGAAGGGAUCACCUGGAUGAAAGAUGAGCAUUUUAGAUAUUUGGCCAAAAGGUUUAUUGCCGAGAUUAAAUGCGGAAAGAGUUCGCAUAUCUGCAAAUGUGAUAUUUUAAAAAGGUCAGAAUUUAUUCAGUUUUUUUGUGAGGAAGUCUCGAUACUUGAUGAAAGAGGUCUAAUUGAUUUGUUAACUGCAAAAAGUGUGGCAUCACCUCAACUUCCAAUAAUUUUCUGGUUGGGACGCAGUGAGAGUACACAACUAUUUCAAAAUCUUAUUUCAAUUAUGGAACAAAAAACCCAUGAAAAAAUUGACUCCGUUGAUCAUAUUUAUUAUUUUUUAUUUGGAGAAUGCACAAAAGGUGAAAGCCCCGAAUCUAUAUUUACCGAUGACAAAUGUAGAGACAUAAAAAAAUCAGUUUUGACCUUUAAAGAUAAAACAAGGAAUACUAUUCUUCAUAUUCUGAUUCAGUCUAAGAUGGUGGAAGACGACCUUGCAACCAAAAUUCUCAAACAAUUGACACAUGAAGAAAAAGACAAUGUAGAUAUCAAUGCCAAGAACAGAGACCGGAAAACUCCGUUGAUGCUUGCCGUAACUUGGCCCCUCAGUCGGAAGCAUGUCAUUGAAGAAUUGGUCAAGCACGACUGUGAUGUUAAAAGUACAGAUCGUAAAGAGAAUUCCGUUUUUCAUUACUGUGUUGAUGCAGAUACUGAUGACUUGACUUGUGCAAAUGUGAUAAAUACCCUUUUAAGCACCAAAGAAAAAUUACUCGUAGAUCUUUCUACAGACAACACUGAUGGUUUAACUCCUUUGAAUUUAGCUUGUAGAAACACUAGAAAUAGUAGAAUUUUAAGCAUAUGUAGCCUACUUCAUUGCGGUGAUUCUUCCAAGCAAGAAGACAAUACACAAAAUGAAAAGACGCAUUUCCCUUCUAAAAAUGAAAAGAAGAGAGUGGGAAAGGUAAAUUAUUCAUAUGAGCAGGUAAACAAAAUAGACAGCGAAGGGAGGAAUCCCAUUUUUAAUGCUGUUUCGUGCUUCACAGUAGAAGAUGAAUUAGUGGAGAUGGAGCGGUUACUUCGAGUUUGUAUAUUGUUGCUAUAUGGAGCUGACCCACACGUCAAGAGUGAUGACGGAGAUAAAUCUGCUGUUACAUUUUGCAUGGAAAAAUCCUACAGCGACCUGGAAGAAAUUAUGGCAUCAAUUAAAAAUACCAGUAAAAAUGAAAAGAAAUCGACAGAAUCUCUUAUGAUCGAUGCUAUAACAAAAGGGUUAAAGCGACUUUCAAAAAAUCAUGCCAUUGGUGACCAUAUCGAAAUAACGAUGAAGUUUUCAAACAACAUCCAAAUAUCAGAGGAACUGAAGAACGUUCUUUCAAAAGCUGUGCAGUACAUGGCAAAAGCACAGUUUAACCAGAACUCAGAAAAGUAAACUUUGAAGCACUGUUUCCAGUACUUUUGUCACAUUGACUGUUAUUAAGG